AUGCUCGACCCAAUCGAGGUCCCUACCCGGGUUCAUGACUGUAUGAAACCAAGUGUUACCGAUACUGAAAUCACCAAAAGUCCUUGCGACGACGCUUCGGAGAUUCCGUCUAGUGACCUCAUUCUCCAAUGGAAUACCCAUACGCCAGAAUCUUGUGAACGUCUUGUUCAUGACCUCAUCUCAUCUCAGUGUCAUAAUUACCCUGCGGCAUUAGCCGUCCAUGCCUGGGAUGGCGAUCUCACGUACUUGGAGCUCGACCAAAAGUCCAACACCUUGGCUGCCCACCUCAUUGCUUCAGGUGUUGGUCCUGAAUUAUUUGUUCCUCUCUAUUUCGACAAAUCUCAAUGGCUUCCAGUUGCCAUCCUGGCCGUCAUGAAAGCUGGUGGAGCCUUUCUUUUCCUCCCACCAUCAUACCCCUUGCCAAGACUUCAGGAGAUCUGCCACCAAGUCGGCGCCCAGAUAGUCCUGACGGCACCUCACUACAUGGACCAGAUCGAGGCUCUGGGCUGCAAAGGAAUCGUCGUCGAUGAAGCCUCGAUUGCCCGACUCGCACCCACACAGAAUGGUGUCCGGAACUCCCUCACCGUGCCUAGUAAUGCUCUCUAUGCUAUCUUUUCAUCGGGGUCCACGGGGAAGCCAAAGACCAUCGUCAUUGAGCAUCGCAAUUUUUGUGCGGCAUCAAAGCAUCAGCAAGAUUCCUUCUCGUUCGAUAGGUUGAGUCGAACUCUUCAAAACAGCGCAUUCGCCUUCGAUGUCAUCAUGGUUGAGUUUCUCUUCACUAUGAUACAUGGCGGCUGUCUAUGCAUACCUUCCGAAAAGAAUCUCAAAAACGGGCUCGCGGAUGUCAUCGCAGAUAUGCAGGUAACUCACAUUUUGGUCACACCGUCUGUUGCCCGACUUCUAUCACCCUCCGAUCUUCUGCCGGGAACCACGCUUUGUGUGGGAGGAGAACCGACUACACCGGAAGACUCGCGAAUUUGGACUGCAAGCCCCCACAUUCGCUUCAUCCAGGGAUAUGGACCGUCGGAAUGUACGCCGUACUCUCACAUGCUGGUCUGCAAGGGCCCUGCAUUAGACCACCGGAGUUUCGGGUUUCCGAUUGGGUGUCGUUGCUGGGUGGUUGCACCAGACGAUUACAAUCGUCUCGCUGUAGUGGGGGAAGUCGGAGAGAUGGUAAUUGAAGGUCCCAUUGUUGGUCGGGGAUACCUGGGUCAACCGGACCGAACAGCUGAGGUAUUCAUAAACCCACCAGGCUGGCGCAUGCAGCUAAACCUUCCGCUGGCCUCGUGUCAGCUGUAUCGCACCGGAGACUUGGUUCAAUAUGCGGAAGAUGGGUCCCUCUGCUUUGUCCGUCGCAGGGAUCUCCAGGCCAAAGUGAAUGGUCAACGACUUGAGCUGGGAGAGGUCGAAAACCAAGCAGUCCGUUACUUUGCCGAGACACCAAGCCUCUUUGCGGAGGUCAUUCAUCCGAAUUCGGAGUCUCGCCGCGGGGAUAUUCUGGCACUUUUUGUCUGCGCCUCAAUUUCUGGUACGGAUGAACCCAUUCUCGCCCGUCCGACUGAAUCUUUCCGACUCCAGGCAGCAGAGGCACAAUCCGGUCUACGGAACGCACUACCCGCAUACAUGGUUCCUACUGUCUUUAUCCUCCUAUCACGCGUCCCGCUCACCAUGAGUGGUAAAGUAGAUCGGCGGCAGCUUCGGAAGGAGGUAGAAUGCUUGUCGACCACGGAAAUCAAUGCCUACCGUAUCCACAGUCGACUUCCCUGGCGGCCAGCGGGCUCUUUCUUGGAAAUCAAACUGAGAGAUAUAUGGGCUGAGAUUCUAGGCCUAAAACCGAAUCACAUUGGAGUAGACGACACCUUCUUGGAUAUCGGUGGAGACUCUCUUCUCGCCAUGAAGAUGAUUCAAGCUGCUCGGAAGCAAGGAAUACAAGGACUGAAAUUUGUGUCUGUUAUGCGUCCUUCUACCCUAGCGCAGUUGGCGCAGAUAUCGUCAGAGACGGGGCACACUGAGGCUGGGAAUGUUCCCCCGUUGCAAUCCCCGUGGAAUAUUGAAGACUUAAAUUUAGCUGGCGCUGGUCCUCUCAUACAUGGUAAUAUUGAGAGAAUGUUCCAGGUUACAGAUGCCCAGAGAGACCUCCUAAUAUCUGAGCACAAGACUCAUUUCAACUUUUUUCUCCACCAAGCUAUUGAUAUGGGGCGGUUGCAACACGCAUGCCAGCGUUUGGUUAAUCGCCACGGCUCCCUCCGGUCUUUAUUUGUCCAACACCAGAAUGAAUAUGUGCAGAUCAUUCUAUCCCAGCUUCAUGUGCCAUUGCAUAUCUACCAAGUUACAAGCCAGACGUUAGAGGAUUUUCGCCAUUCCCUCUGCCAGCGAGAUGCAGACACUCCUCUGUCUCCUGGGGAGCCAUAUUUUCAAGCUACCCUGGCCUCGGCUGGGCCAGAUCACCAUCUCCUUAUAAUCCGAAUGAAUCAUGCGCAAUUCGAUGCAACAAUGCUCCCCCCUCUUUUUGAGGAGCUAGGUGACUUGUAUUGCGGUAAAGAAGACCUACUAGUACCCUCAGUAUCCUUUGCGCACUAUCGUGAUCAUCGUGCCAUGGCCACCAACCCCACGACAAUACGAUUUUGGCGUAAAUACCUUGAAGGGGGAACAAUGACAGCGGGUGAAAGUCUGGCUGGUGGCACCGGCCUACUGAACAGAGAGAGAGAACAGCUUGUAGUAUUUACUACAUUCCCCGCUCCAUGCCCUCCUCCCGGGAUUACAUUUCCCACUCUCGUCAAGGCAGCCUGGGCUCUAGUUGUAGCGAGAGUCACACAGCAGACUGAUAUCGUGUUCGGGCAUGUCGUUGAUGGGCACAGUCUCAUUGUUCCAGACGCAGACCCCAUGUCGUCGGUAGCAGGAGCAUGUUUCUCCAGAGUCCCUAUUCGGGUAACCUUUCAGCCGCAUUUCACACCAAUUCAGCUCCUGCGUCACGUCAAGGAUCAGUAUGCUCGUACGAUUGACUAUGAGCUGAUGGAGCCCCGUCGUAUUGUGGCUGAGUGCACCCCUUGGCCCCUGGACACUCGUUGCGGCAGCCUUAUUACCAUUGAGCCGGGCGUGUCGGCGUCGCCAUCCUUUGGUGGAGAUCCGUGUCACCUCAAGUUUGACUGGCUAGGGUAUCGGCAUGAUCGUUUCCAGAUCAUGGAUUGUCCAAUAGAUUUCAUGAUUCAUCCCGACGAUUCAGCAGUGAGGAUCCUUAGCGCUGGCUCGACACAUAUGCUAUCUCGGACGAGACUAGAGUGGUUGACUCACAAACUGGGAGAGGCGUGGAAGGAGCUCACCACGCAGAGAGACAUGCCUAUUUCAUUAGCACCAUACACAUCUGAUCAUGAACAUUAA